AGCUUCUUUCGUAAGCAAAAUGAUCAAGCAAACUAUCCUCAGCAUCCUCUUAGUUUGUAGAGCUACCAGUGAACCCAGCAACGUGCCUCCUCUUGGCUCAUACCGUCAGUUUGAUCCGUCCACCGGUCUCUCUAAAGACGACCUAGUUGUCACUGUCAAUAGCGACGAGAAAGGAAAGAGGUUAAUCACGGUUUACAUCGCAAAAGAUGACGACAGUAAAGUCGAUUUACAGUCUAUUAUUUAUCAGAUCGACAACGUCCCCCUCAAGAUGACGAAGAGCUCAGGUGACCUCUACAGCGUGGACUAUAGCUCCCCGGUCGCUAAGAGCACGUUGUAUCCCUAUGGUGCUAUCGAUUUCAAGCUAGACUAUGAUUCUUCUAAGCCGAGGUUCAUCUUAACUCACCGACCGACUCAUACCAAGUAUACGCUCGUAUUACCGUGGCUGGUAUUAUCGGGUGAGGAUCACUCAAAAAAGCUGCGAGGAUUAGCGGAGCCCUCCAGUGGCGGUAUUAAGGCCAAAAAAUAUUGUGGUGUUGGUGACCACAAAGAGGAUACUAUUCAGAUGUAUACCGAGAAGGGGCGUCUUCAAGCUUUCUUUCAAAAUGCAGUGGAUUCUUCUAUCUAUGGGCAAGUAUGCGAAAUAUCGGUCAUUACUAACUAUGCAUUGUCAGGGAGAUACCUCUUUUUCGACAAGUUCGUGAAUGACACGUCUGUUUCAGCUUUCAUCAAAGUUGGCUUUUCGAUUAUCAAAGAUGAGACAGCCGACUCUUAUGCUGUCACAUACAAUGGGGAUAAUGAGAGCCGUGUGGUUUUUGAAAGGUGUUGAUGGUAGCUCUCUGCGAAUGCGAGGUGCAUUCUGGAGUCUGGAGGAACACACUCAAGAUGCCAUUUUAUGUGGAAUUCUCAGGGAA